AUGGUACUGGUCAGGAGAGACAGGGAUAAUAAGGAAGGAGGGGGAGUUGCUAUAUACUUUGAUAGGCAACUUAAAUGUGUGCGCGCAACGGACCCACCACUUAUCGAACUCCCAGACUCCAUAUGGUGUCAUUUCACCGUAGGCCACACCAAGCACUUACUGGGUGGCAUCUACCGAUCUCCCACCUGUGGGGCAGAGCACAAUCAGCUACUGCUCAGCACUAUCACAGGAAUACGAGAUUUGGGCUACGACCAAAUCACCAUAGCUGGAGAUUUCAAUGCUCCAUCACUGAACCUCGGCUCCGGGUGUGCUAAGGGAAAAUUUGGCCGAAACCUACUGCAAACUAUUCGAAACACGGGACUGACUGAGAAUGUUGGAGACGACACUAGGUGGGGCCCUAGUGGAAAGUCAUCAAAACUAGAUUAUAUUCUAACUAGUGACCAGCUACUCGUCGAAAAGGUCCAGAUCAUGACUCCUCUGGGAAGCAGUGACCAUGCAGUCAUAGGUUUCGAUCUUGUCCUCCGUGAGCGUUUGCAAUGGGAUGUUACGCGACCAUGUCUGUGCUACAGCAAGGCUGACUAUGCUGAAAUGCGGAGGCUCUUGUCCGACGCAGACUGGCCCUUAGCAUGGGACGACCUAUCUGUGGAUGAACACUGGGAA